AUGUUCAUCCUGCGCCUCUUGGAAACAAAACAAGCAGGGAGCGCAGUCACAUGUUCAGAAGGGAAGCAGAGAACCAGCAGUGGAAGUCGGCGCCGUCCGCACUAGUCCGGGAAGAAGCAGCACCCCACACAUGGUGCUCCUACGGCACAUUUCGGUGGCUCUGUCCGCCGCCGUGGCUGCCCUGGGCUCGGCGCUCUUCGUCGCCCUCAACUACUUCUACAGGAAGCGAAUAUGGUUACCGAAUGCCGAGUACUGCACGAUCCAGGAAGAGGAAGAGGAUCAAGGCAAGCGUCAGGUCUUAGUCCUUGGCCUGGAUGGAGCCGGGAAGAGCAGCAUGCUCCAGCGUUUGACCCCCGGAGGUGUUAAGAGAAGCUGCUGCCGACCCACAAGAGGCUUCAAUUUCAUGAGCAUCAGUGCGCCCGCUUGUCAGCUGAACUUCCUGGAAAUCGGCGGCGGCAAGGAACUGCGGCAGUACUGGUCAGAAUAUCUGAUAAGGACUCACAUUCUGGUGUAUGUAGUGGACUCCUCUGAUCGGAGCCGCUUUCACUUGGCCAAGUCGGAGCUGCACCACCUCCUGAAAGGUCAGCCCCAGCUUCCUGUGGUGAUCCUGUGCAACAAACAGGAUAAACCAAACGCCGUGAGUGUGUCCGAGCUCCACGAAGCCUUGUCUCUGGGCUCCGUGGUGGACAGGAAGUUGUUCAUCUUGGCAACGCAGCUAGGAUCAGACGGAGCCCUGAAGAACUCCUGCCAAGGCCUGGACAGUUUCCAGGACCUCCUGCUUGAGAUAAUCUGAUCCCUGUGACUGCUCGCAGACCAAGGAAAAAGGAUGAACUGUUUUUAUGAGCAAAGAUGAGCUAAACCCGGCAACUCAUCAUUUUUUUUAAAAGUUCAUUUUAAUUAUCUCUGUGCACAUUCUGGCUUGUUUUGGCAUGUCAACUGCAGAUUAUGCACCAGGAUGAGUGACUUAUCUGAAUAGUCUGUGACAGGUUUACAGGAGGGUGUUUUUUAUGAUAAGUCUUGUCUAUAAUGCAUCGAAUGUUUGGAUCAUGUUUCAAAAGAUUUCUACAGCAACUCUUUUUGGGUAAUCGUGGUAAAAAAUAGAGACGUAAAGAGGCUGUAUGACCAUUCUACAACCUUAGAACAAGUUGGUGAGCUUUUUAGGUUCCUGAAAAUCGCAAACAUACAUACAUCUAUCUUGCGAGGCAUUACAGCGUUGUACUGUAAAUAUCUUUCUGGGAAAAUAUAUCUCUAAAGUGAAACCAGCAUCAUGCAUGACUUCAGCUCAAUUAGCAUCCAAGAUUAACUCACCUAACCGGUUUUGCUUUUUUGUGAUGCGAUGGGUUUGACUUAAAUGGCAAAGAGGAAACCUGUGAUAACCUUAGAACAGCAAAUUAGACCCACUGCCAGCUUGGAAGAGAGCAUUUUGUUAAGUAUUGGUUGCAUACAGAAGUGGAUUUUACCAACAUAGUCGUCCCUUGCCCUUCAAAUUUUGCGGCUUUACCAAAGCGCAGAUUUUUAAAAAUAUAUAUGUGUAUUUUUUAAAGCAUAUUUUACACUUUUUUGGUCCUUAAUCAAGCAUUUCAAGCAUUAAAAUGGUUCAACUAAAAAAUAGCAAUACUAUAGUAGUAUUGGCCACUAAAUUUGACCAAACUAAUCAGAACGUGCUGUUCAGUAUUGUGGCCACUGAUUGGCUAAGCCUCAGGUAGCAUUACUAUAUUGGAUGAGAAGAGUGUAAAGGCAAAUAAAGGGGAUCAUUUCAUGUCUAGAGGUCUCUCAAGUUUAAACAUUUUUAUUUAGAAGGUAGUAAACAGGUUUUAUUGUGCUCUGGUUAUAAAAAUAGAUUUUUGGACAAAAGUUCAGGAUUUUGCUUACACAAGUCACCAUGGUGUCCUUUUAAUUUUUUACGUAACUGUAAAAAACACAUAGCUGAGAGCAUACUGGCUAAUGACUAGCACGAAAUGAAACAAGAGCACAUUUUUACUGUCCAUUUUGUUGGUGUAUUCAAGAUGCAAGUAGUUUUUACAUUCAUUUAGUUUUAUAAUUCAGGGGUUAACUUAUUUUUAACACUUGUAGGACAAUUCUGGAUGUUCAAAUGUUACUCAAAAAAAGCUCAUGUUUUACGGCAACAACUUAUGUAAAACUUCAACAAGCAUCGAAAAAUGAAUGGUGUUUAAAAUGCGGCACAUCCAAAACAAAUCAAAUUAUUCUUUGGCUUUUAAGAUGUUAUUGAGGUCACAGUGAGGAAGCAAAAAGAAACGGCUCGUCGCUCAUCUUUUGUAGCUGUUUUGGACUAUGGCUUCGUUCAUGCAGCGAGUUAGAGCAGCAGUCAUUUGUAAUGAAUGUGAUGUUUUAUUCUGUUUGAUGCGCUGCAGUUCUAAAAGAUGUUUUGGCAGCGUAUUGAUGGCCGCACUUUUAUGACGAGACCUGCAUUGGUCUUUGUACAGUAUGUGUUGAUGCAAAGUGGUGUAGCAUCUGUGCAUGUUAUAACACAUUUUAAAUGUGUGGAAAAUAUUAAAUAUAUGUAUUGUCUUUUCAGCCUCCUAUUACGAAUUCACAGUAUGUACACACGUUGUGACAUUGUUCAUACCAGUGCAAACACAAGCAUCAAUCCAUACCAUCUACCGGUAUACUAUACUUCUUGUUUGACUGGGCAAAGUUCCACAAGCAGCAGGUUUCAUAGAGCAGGUUAGUCAUUGUUUAGUGCAAAUAAAAGAUCAAGUUUGUUAUGAAUUGCAAGUGUGACAUAGCUGCUCUGUGACACAAUAUGAACAUUGAUUGUGGAAACAUUUUAUUAGGACAUAUCAAAGCACACAGUAGACUUGAAAUAUUAUAAUAAAGUCCAUGCAUCCAUUUUCUACCGCUUGUCCAAAGUAUAUUUCACUAUUUUCUAAGGUGCUAAAGACCAUUCGGUUGUUUUUUCAAGCAAUGUUGGCUGUAUUAAAAGAAUAUACAUGUAGGUCGAAAAUUCGUUUUUAGAACAGUCAUCACUGGUCCUUAAAUUCAGCUAAAAUGACAAAAGCUACACAAAAAUAUUGUUCCUAAAUGAUCCCACAUAUGCCUUAAACUAAUGUGAUCAUGCAUUUAAUAUAUUUUCCUCAGUAUUUGUCAACAGCGAGCAAUACCUUUUCCAUUCAAUGCAGAAAAAAAGUUUUCAUUAAAAACAAACAAAAAAAACAAUUGCUUGACUUUGAUGUUGGAUAAUGGUGCAUCUGUGUGUUGUAUUUCUUAUGUUUAAAAAAAAAGGGAGUGGAGCUAAGUAUACAAACUUGCCUUUAAAGGGUAAAUACUCCAAGUAAAAACAUUAAUUUUUACUUCAUGUUGAAGUCAUUUCAAAAGAUUGUCUAAUAUAAAGUGGAAAACAAUACUGAUGGGCAGCUGGCAAUGUUUUGUCAUUAGGGACAAAUGAGUGAGGAUAUUACACAGGGCGAUAUGGACCUAAACUGAUAUCCCGGUAUUUCUAAGUCGAAUGGCGAUAAACAGUAUAUUAUGGUAUUUUAAACAAAACAUGAGAAGUGUUUACUUUAUACUCAACACCACAUUACUGUAAUGACCAGUGUUCUGCAAAUUACUUUAAAAAAAAUGAAUUGUAGUUACCAAAAAAUACAUUUCAUUACUAAUGGAAAUACUCUUUAAUCAAUGUAAUUUAUAAUUAAUGCGUUACUUAAAUAACUUUACGCAGUUGAGAGGUUUAUGAGAGCAGCGUGUGUGUUACCAAGCAACGUGUGACGUCAUUGAGGGUUUCAACUGAACUUGGAUAGGCUCCAGCACCCCCGCAACCCCGAAAGGGACAAGCGGUAGAUAACAGACGGAUGGAUAUUUUUGCUAGCUUUAGCUGCGUUAGCAGGGACAGUUUGUCGGCUGUGACGGCUACUCCUUUGAAUCUUUUCCCUGGCUUGUGUUGCCUCUGGUCAAUAAAGAGGAGCCGCUGCCUCGCUCCCCGCCAGCCGCCGGAGAUACGGUGCGGGUACGUCAGCUGUGCGCGGUAGCAACUCCAGACGCGUGCUAGACCUUUCCUACCCCGACUCAGCUACGGUGUCUGCCGAGUCCCCUGACGGCGGCGUGCCGCAACAAAGGCACAUAAAAGGAUACCGGUAUGGCGGUAUAUUCUCAAAUAUAAAUGUUUUUCUAAAAUACACCGGUAUUAACCAUAAUACCUGUAUAUUGUGAGGAUAUUUAAAAGGACCCUUUCAGGCUAAAGUUCUGGGUUAACUUUUCUUACUAGGCCUUUACUAGGCCACUGACUUAUCCAUCCAUCCAUCUUCUACCGCUUGUCCCUUUCGGGGUCGCGAAGGGUGCUGGAGCCUAUCCCAGCUGCACUUGGGCAGAAGGCGGGGUACACCCUGGACAAGUCGCCAACUAAUCGCAGGGCCAACACAGAUAGACAGACAACAUUCACACACUAGGGACAAUUUAGUGUUGCCAAUCAACCUAUCCCCGGGUGUGUUUGGAAGUGGGAGGAAGCCGGAGUACCCGGGGGGAACCCACGCAGUCACGGGGAGAACAUGCAGACUAUACACAAAAAGACCCCGAGCCCGGGGAUGGAACCCACUAGGAGCGAGGCACACGCACUAACCCCUGUGACACCGUGCUGCCCACACUGACUUGUGUAAAAAAUUUUUUA